AUGGAAUGUGCUUUCUGUAGUUCUUUAUUACAUCUUAUUCAGUCCCGUGGCAGGUACGGGGCGUGCGUCGCAGAAACUAUAGACCAGAAGUGAUGGGCUUGGACUUGAUUGCAGCAACAUGGAGAAGUUUUGCGGAUAGGUCGUCAUCGGUUGCCUGCUUCAAAAAGGACUCACCUCCGUUACCUCUGCAGUCUGAACGCUAGCUGUCUCCCACUAGUUCAGACAUACUUGUAGGUCCAUCCAAAUGUGGACAGCAGGACACAUUUGUGUACAAAAUUGAACGAAAUGCGUGACGUUUAUACUCAUUGAAAGAGCACAAAGAUGUUCACAAAGACAGGUCACUGCUUUGUACGCAGCCUACAAAUGCACUUGCGGUGUCAGAGUGGUCUCUGGCAAUCAACUUUGAUGCGAAAUGUCCAACGGAAACGCAUGAAACACUUGGCGGCGGUUCGAAGGCUUGCGCUGCAAUCGGCAUCAAAUUAAGUCGUCGCGAAGUGCGUGACACUCGUACCGCGACACCCGUGUCCUUGCCGGCGCUUCUCAUGAAUUAUCCGUUGUGCAGCGACGACUCGGCGAGUUUGCAGCGGCGGCCGUUAGGUAAGGCUUUGCGUUUUGUCGAGCAGGUUCACCCGAAUCCGGUACGCGCAGAGUUGUUCGUGCCGCGUGUCACCGCCGUGGUGGCUGACCGCGUGGGCGGCCGGUGAACGCAUGCAUGCCGAUGCGGACGGCACGCGAAUCCGCCUCGGCCGCUCUAUCUCUGGCGUGCGCCGCCGCUAUCGUGGGGCUCGCAUGGGCGGCAACGCCUUGCCGUCGUCGCUCCCGCGGUCAGCUAGGGGACAUCGCUUCUCCAGCCGGGCCCGAGGCAGGUGCGCGCGUGCGGGGACCCCAAAGUCGUGGUUUGGCGCGCGUUCGCCCGCGUGUCUGGGAUCCAGCAGCGGAAGCCGGCGAACGAGCAGCGCCGGUUCGAGCGGGGAUGGGUGCCGCCCCCUCCUCUCCCUCGCGGCGUCACUCGCCUGCUAGUUGGGGCGCACGCACGCACACGCGCUUUCUUGCUGGAGACCGCCCGCGGCAGGCUUGAGAAAGCGCGACGGCCAGCCGCUGCAAGGAGGCACUGUGUUUUUUUCUGUCCGAGGCCCCGCACGCUCCCAGCCCGGCACUGCUCCCGAGAUGCGACCACCGCGUGUCGACUAGUCGGGCUCGUCGCCGUCGUCUACCACUCCGCGCGCCGCAUGGCCCCCCGGCUCUGGCUCUGGCUGCACGUGGCAACAGCCAUGGUCGCAGUGUCGUGCACCUACCACCACGAACGUCACCCUCACAUUAGAAGAUCCCAUACAGAGCAUCACCACUUCCUAGGCAAUUUUCCACUUAAUGGCACGAAGGGCAAAGACAGCCAUAUCAGUUUGGACUCGAGACCGUCAUCAGGACCGCUGCCAUACAGCGCGCCUUACGAGGACCGAGCGCAGCCCACACCGUCGGGCCACAGCACCAGGCGACACCAAAGGCAUCAGCAUCUAAGGCGGACGCACAGUCACAGGGUGCCAGACAUAAUUUAUAGCUUCGGCAGCCAGUCGGCGGCCAAGCUUCUUUACAGGGGAAAAGGCUACCACGUCGGGCCCUACACAGGCUAUGUGGACGUGUGGACGAUACCGCGCCAAUCUCGACCGCAGUACUUGCCUCCGCCUCGACUGACGCCAUCCCCGUCGCCACCACCUUCGCCGCCGCAUCUUCAGCGACAGGAGGAGCACUUCCCGGAGGGAACCGCCUUCGCCAGAGUGCUGAUCGCGCCCGAACCGAGCAACGCCGUGUCGCCCGCCGAGCCGCGGACGUGCCUUCGCUGUCCCAAGGACCGCACGGUGUGGGUGGGGCCGGGCUUCUCGUGCGCCGAGGUGCCCAAGCCUCGGUUGCGCCCUUGCUCCAGGCUUGCGUCUCUUCCAGGAGAAGUGCGCAUGACAGCCACCGCGGGGCCGCAGCCGGGCUCACUCGUCAUGGAGGGUGUCUACCAGAUGGGCUUUACGUUCCAGGCGCCAGGCAUUGCGCCCCAGAGUUGUCACUACAAGCUCAGGGUCAAAGUGCGUCGCUGUCCAGCGCUGCAACGACCCCACAACGGGGGCGUGCGUUGCAGCCGAGGCCGCCACUGGGGCAGCCGGUGUCGCUUCUUCUGCAAACCGGGCUACGCGCUCGAACAGCGGGUGGCAGCUCGCUGCGCCAUUCAUGACGGCGUGCGGGUCACCUGGACGCCCCACCCAGCGCCCGUCUGCAGGGCGAAGAAUGAUUGGGCACCGAGCGCCACGACAAACGCCAUCGUCCCGGAUACGGUCAUGCCGACUCGGCCCGCAACAGAGGCCAGCGUGCCCACGACGCCUUCGAAGAAAGUGUUUCCUGCCACCGGCUCCCCGCGGCCGCCGAAGCGCUGGAAGCAGCUGGCUUGUCGCUGGCCCAAGGCGCCGUUGCACGGAUGGGUGUCGUGCGAUCGCGGCGCGGCGCGCAAGGCCCGGGUCGUGGCCCGCGAGGGCACCCGCUGUCGCCAGGGGUGCCGGUGGGCGCCGCUGAGCGUCGUGACGCACUUCUCCUGCGUCGCGGGUGCGUGGCAAGGAAGGAAAGCCCUGGGCUGCACGGGACCCCCGGAGGCUUCGACAGAACCGGCACCCACGGAGCUGCCCCGGACAACAGAGAGCGGAUGCGAGGGCCCAUCGCCGGUGCCAAACUCCGCACUUGAAUGCUCGGCCGAUGCCAACACCCUGGGCAGGCGACCCGUCGACACGAUCUGCAGGCACGUGUGCGACAAGGGAUACGAAGUCUUGCCGAGUCAACUACCAUUGGCCCAAGUCACUUGCCUAGCCAACGGAAAGUGGCACCAGGAAGAUCAGCCGCUUUGUGUCAAGAGUGGUUGUGCCAGCCCUGUCAUUCUGCCCAACUCCUUGCUCGACUGUUCAAAACAAGUCAAUCACCUCGGAAACAGGCCUACAGGAACGAUUUGCAAGGUCGCAUGCAAAGAAGGGUUUACACUUUCACCAAACCAGCAGCACGUUAACGAGAUCAUGUGUGAAGAGGACGGGACAUGGAACCAGACAGCAGAGUUUGAGUGCCACAAAAGCGGAUGCUCAAGUCCUGAUCUGGUACCUGACUCUUCGCUGGAAUGUUCAAACGACGCUAACCACCUUGGCCACCACCCGACAGGCACAUUGUGUAAAAUUGUGUGUAACAUGGGUCUUGCUCUUCCGCCGGACAUGCAGGCUCUUAACCAGUUUGUUUGCCAAGAAGACGGUACUUGGAACCAGACUACACAGCUGGAAUGCAGCAGUAUCGCUUGUCCAAGUUCAAAACCAGUGCCUGGUUCCUCGCUGGAAUGCUCUAUGGCCGCCAACCGUUUCGGCAAGCACCCUACAGGCACGAUCUGCAAGGUAGUGUGUGCCGACGGACUUUCGCUGCCAUCGAGCCUGCAAUCCCUUAAUCAAUUUGUGUGCCAAGAAGACGGCACGUGGAACCAGACGACACAGCUAGAAUGCCGGAAUAACGGAUGCCCGGGUCCGAAUCCAGUGCCGGACUCUUCGCUGAACUGCUCUGCAGAAGUUGACCAAUUCGGCCAGUGGCCUACAGGCACGGCCUGCCAAGUUGUGUGUGCCGAUGGACUUGCACUUCCGUCGAGCCUCCAGCCUCUUAACUAUUUUGUGUGCCAAGAAGACGGCACGUGGAAUCAGACGACACAGCUAGAAUGCCGCAAUAACGGAUGCCCGAGUCCGAAUCCAGUGCCGGACUCUUCGCUGGACUGCUCUGCAGAAGUUGACCAAUUCGGCCAGUGGCCUACAGGCACGGCCUGCCAAGUUGUGUGUGCCGAUGGACUUGCACUUCCGUCGAGCCUCCAGCCUCUUAACUAUUUUGUCUGCCAAGAAGACGGCACGUGGAAUCAGACGACACAGCUAGAAUGCCGCAAUAACGGAUGCCCGAGUCCGAAUCCAGUGCCGGACUCUUCGCUGGACUGCUCUGCAGAAGUUGACCAAUUCGGCCAGUGGCCUACAGGCACGGCCUGCCAAGUUGUGUGUGCCGAUGGACUUGCACUUCCGUCGAGCCUCCAGCCUCUUAACUAUUUUGUCUGCCAAGAAGACGGCACGUGGAAUCAGACGACACAACUAGAAUGCCGCAAUAACGGAUGCCCGAGUCCGAAUCCAGUGCCAGACUCUUCGCUGGACUGCUCUACAGACGUUGACCAAUUCGGCCAGUGGCCUACAGGCACGGCCUGCCAAGUUGUUUGUGCCGAUGGACUUGCACUUCCGUCGAGCCUCCAGCCUCUUAACUAUUUUGUGUGCCAAGAAGAUGGCACGUGGAACCAGACAGCACAGCUAGAAUGUCGCAACAGCGGAUGCGCUAGACCAGACCCGGUGCCUGGCGCCUCGCUGGAAUGUUCAAAAGAUGGCGAAGACCUUGGAAAGUGGCCUACAGGCAGCAUCUGCAAUGUAGUGUGCAACGAGGGCCUUGCACUUCCACUGAACCUGCAGUCUCUCAACCUCUUUGUUUGUCUGGAAGAUGGAACGUGGAAUCAGACGGCGCAGUUGGAAUGCCGCGAAAGUGGAUGCGCAACCCCGGAUCCGGUACCUGAAUCUUCAUUGAAAUGCUCAAAUGACGCCAACCACCUGGGAAAUCGGCCAACCGGCACGAUCUGCGAAGUACGCUGCAACGAAGGAUUCACGCUUCCGUUAAUCCAUCAAUCCUCUAGCCAGUUUGUUUGCCAGGAGGACGGCGUGUGGAACCAGACAGCUCAGUUAGAAUGCAUCAAGAGCGGAUGCGUGAAUCUGGAUCUGACACCCAACUCUUCACUUGAGUGUUCAAACGAAGCCAACCAUCUCGGCAAUCGGCCAACUGGCACGAUUUGCAAAUUUGUGUGCUCCAAGGGAUUUACACUUCCAUCAAACCAGCAGUCCUUUAACCAGUUUGUUUGCCAAGGGGACGGUACGUGGGACCACGAGACACAUUUAGAAUGCCACAGAGUUACUUGUGAUAGCCCGCCCAAAGUGUCCAAUUCUGUCUUGGAGUGUUCCAACGGCACCAGCGAAGAUGGAAAGUGGCCUGUCGGAACGCUGUGUCGGUAUACUUGCAACGAAGGAUACGCCGUUCCAAAAAUACAAGAUGGGCUUAACUCAUUCACCUGUCGCGAGGAUGGCACGUGGAGCUUGACAGAUCAGUUGCUCUGCGAAGAAGCAGGCUGUAAAAGUCCGACGCAAGUGGAAGACUCCGUACUCAACUGCACGGCGGAGGCCAACCGUUUAGGGAGAUGGCCCACAGGCGCGACAUGCUCAUAUGAUUGCAAAGAAGGAUAUGGUCUCGCGAAGAACCAACUUCCUUUCAGCCGCAUUGCGUGUCACGACGACGGCACGUGGAACCAAACGGAAGAACUGCGCUGCAAAAAAACCGGCUGUAAGGAUCCUUCUACUGUCCAGUUUUCUGUGGUGAACUGUUCAGGAACUGCUAAUACAUUCGGACGGUGGCCUGUGGGAACCGAGUGCUCACAUGUAUGUGACGAAGGAUAUGCAGUUUCUCGCCACGAAGUUCACCUUAAUUUAUUUAUUUGCCUUGACGACGGCACCUGGAAUCAAACCGAAGGUCCUCACUGUCGGGAGACCGGCUGCGAAGAACCAGGAAAGGUGCCGCACUCAGCCUUAAACUGCUCCUCCGAUUUUAAUGCUUUAGGAAAACGGCCAUUUGGUACGGUGUGUUCAUACGUGUGUAAUGAAGGAUUCGCCGUUCCUCUGGACCUAGAGCCACACAACCAAUUCGUUUGUUCUGAAGACGGUUCUUGGAAUCAGAAGGAGGAGUUGCUAUGCCUAAAAACUGGUUGUGAGAGCCCACAGGUUGUGCAGAACUCCGUCCUUCACUGCUCUGAAAGUGCCAAUUCAAUUGGCAAUUGGCCGACCGGGACAACCUGCCAGCAUAUAUGUAAUAAUGGAUUUGUGAUCCCGCAAAGCCAACUCGGUCUGGGCGAUAUUACCUGCCUUGACGAUGGAACGUGGAACGAGACCGACAUCCUGCAGUGUAUCAAGCUUCGAGAUCCCCAGCUAUCUCAAGGCUGCAAAGACGAAGUGGUGGUCGUGGACGGACGCAACGUGUCGUUUCCAGUCGCCGUCGAAGCACCUACAUUCAAAGCAUUCAACGGCACCAAUGCCGCCGUUCGUUGUACCGCCACGCACGUGACCACCUAUGGUACGCACGUCAUCGUUUGCGACGCCGUCGACACCGAGCUUCAGUCUACAUCUUCGUGCACGUACAAUGUUACUGCACUUGCCUCCGGGUGCCCGCCGCUGCAAAGCGACCCGUACAGCCGGGUGUCCUGCUCUGCCGACCGCAACGUCACCGAGGGUCACCUGCACCCAGUGGGCGACGUGUGCGAGUACAUCUGUCAGCUGCACGGCUACGUCAUCCCCCAGAGCAAGGUCGACUCGGCCCUGAAGGAGUGCUUGCCCAACGGCUCCUGGAGCAACGACGACUUCCAUCUGUGCCAGAAGCAACUAGCCCCAGUGCGGGUAAGUGGUUGCGAGGACACGGAAUUCGGCACCGACGAACUGGGCAACACCACCGUGCCACGGCCCGUGUUCCGCACCGGUUCCGGACAACUAGUCAAUGCCACCUGUACACCGGAGAUGCUGGUCGACUUUGGCGACCACGAGAUCAACUGCGUUGCGGAGGACCACGAGCUCAGGUCGUCGGCGUCCUGCGCGUUUAAGGUAAUAGUCAAAGGUGAAACUGUUCCCCGCCUUCGCGAAUCGGGGCCCGGUUGUGUAGACGUCCAGGAAGUCCACGACAAGUACCCGGUGCACCUAAAGCCUCCCGCCUUCGAGGCGGCGUCCGGCGGCGCCGCCUUGGUCAUCUGCGAUCCGGCCACUCUGCUUGGGCCCGGCGCGUACAACGUCACCUGUACGGCUAGAGACAAUAAAACCCAGGCAGAAACACAGUGUGCCUAUGUUGUGAACGCGAGGCAGAUCGAGCAGUUCCGGGAGUCGCAGUGUUUGUCUCUAAGGGCCCCCGCGAACGGCAACAUCCAGUGCAAGCGGCGCAUGGGGCUCAUCACAUGCCGCUUCUCGUGCUUCCCCGACCACGUGAUGAGCACCAAGUCGCUUCCCCUGCUGGCCAGGGGCUACGUGGUCUGCGACCGCGCCCAACGAGACCGCUUCGACUUCCAGGAGGAAUACGGACUCGACGAGCUGCCCGCCUGCACGCGCCUUCCGACGCCCACCUACUUCCAGGGCAGCCUCGCUUUCCACGUGGGUCUCCCGAGCUGCUCCCUAGAGAACCUGCACACGGACUUCAUGCCGACGCUGACCGAGGCGCUGCUCGACCGGGCGGCUGAUGUGUGCCUGCAGGCUGAUUGCGACAACGUCACCUUCAUGUGCGAGACAGCUGUUCUCCGCAAUUCAUCUGAUCCUUCCUCCGCGUCGGAUGCUAUGAAGGUUGUCUGGACUGUGCAGGCACGGCACAAUGUCAACGCAAGCUAUGACAUCCCCGAGGCCGAGACAGUGAUCGAACAGAUCCAGGUGCUCACGCACGACAUCGUGACGUCAGAUCCAGGUUUCUACCAAGAGAUCGCAAAAGUCGGCGGUGACCUUUGGCGGGACUCCUUCCGCCAGUCUAGGUUCACGUUGGUCUGCGGCAGCCGCGGCUUCACUAUUGAUGCUCACACGGCUCACUGUGUGCAAUGUCCAAGUGGAACGUUCGAGGAGCACGGCUCGUGCCACCCAUGCCCACAAAACCACUACCAGGACUCUGAGGGCCAGACAAGCUGCAAGCCCUGCCCUAAGCACACUUUCUCCUUCGAAGGGGCCAAAAUGGUUAAGGACUGCACUAAAUUCGCCGGCCCUAACAUGCCUCCUCCGGCCAAGGACGCUCCUGCGUGGCAACCACACGAGAGGCACGGACCUUGUUCUCCAAACCCGUGCCGGCACCAGGGCAUUUGCUACCUCCAGAGGGGUGGCUACACCUGCCUCUGUCAGCAAUAUUAUCGAGGUAGGCGUUUUACUCUGGCUCGAGCUAUCUUUAGUUUGUGUUGUCAGAUGGGCCGUAAUACUCUUCCAAAGCAUCUGCAAUGUGUGCUACGCCUCACUCAUGAUGGUCAACGAUGGAAAAAAAGAAGUUAGAGAUUCAUUUGCGCACCACUUGAUAACUCAUUGAGACGACCUUAGCUUACAUGUUUGUCAUUUAUUAUUAGCAGUACAAGUGCAUAUUGUGAUGCUGAAGAAGAGAGCGGACGAAAAACGAGAAGUAAUUAGACCUCUGUUUUCGGCCUGUAACGAUACACGACCUCACGAACUGUCCCAGUUAUCAAUUUUGUUUGGAGGUACCUGUACACACAGGAGCACUAUGAACGGGAACACCUUUGUUUUCAUUCGAAAGGACAAAACGACUUGAAUCGUGUGAGCACAGUGGCCUAUUCGGACAAGUCCCUAAAGCACGCAGUCUCUGUGGAUAGAAGAUUCGCGAGACAGCAUUGAGAGAGGGAGAGAGAGAGAGAGAUAAUGAAAAUUGGAGAUGUUAGCCUGGCUGACGGCCUGGCACGCUAAUAUAGGUGUAGGGUGAGAAAUACGAUUAUACACAGUGGUCGCACAACAAACACACAAACAGCACAUACGCCUACAAACACGCACGUACACUCAAGUUGUUCAUAAAGUCUCAUUAAGGCCUGUAGACCUUAGAAAAAUCAGAAGUUCUCUCGUUGGGCGCAUCGCGCAAGUUGUUGAGACGGCGUAGAUAACUUGCAGAGUGCAGGACGUAAUGGCUCCGCUCUCUCCAUGCAGAGUCUGCUGCAAUGAUCGCUAUAGUGUAUGAAACAUUCCGGGGCGGGACACUUGACAUGCCCUGGUGCACUCCACGCUACUGCUCUUCGCAAACGAACCGCCACGCGCACUUCGAAGCACACGUUGCCAUUCCUAUAAACGUAGAAUCGCAGACUAACUACAAGAGAGACUAAUUAUUGCUGCUACUUAAAGUAGUCUAAACAGCAACAGCAUGGUUUAACACUGGGAGAUGACAACGCAAUGAGUUCUUGUGACGAGAGGCGAAGCGUUGCAAUAGAUAAUAUGAUUAAUAUUACACCAUUAAGGUGAUGUACAAGCUGUUGCGUACCACUGCAAGAAAGAAAAAAAAACUGAACACAACAUGCGGUGCAUGCAUACAGAAUGUCCUGCAGCGUAUGUGCUCUAUUUAUAGCACUAUGUGUGCUUGACGGGCGUGACAAAGUUAGUAAACAUAAAUAAAAACACGGCCAAAAUAUUUACUGUGCCUGAAAUAGACGCCUUCUGUGGGAAGCCCCACAAAUCUUUCGUGAUAUCUUGCGCCCUUCUUUUCAUCCAUUGGUGCACUUUAGGAAAAAAAAAUCUAAGCAAAAAUUUAGCAAUCGCGGAUGAGGUCUGUGAAGUAGAGUAUGUAUAUUGACUGCCGAACGAUAGAACAGCCCUCACUGAAAAUACGUGUGAAGCGCGCAUGUUCACUUGUUGCCAUAUCGUUUGCAAAAAAAAAAAACAGAAAUGUGCAGAUGUAUCAUGAUCUACCAGAAAUAUCUAGCAGACAAGCAACGUCGUGCGCGGAGAUCAAUCGACGUUGGUACGUCGCCACGGCGAAAACACGGCAGCAAUGAAUGAAUGAAUGAAUUCUGGGGUUUAUACGUGCCAAAACCACGAUUUGAUUAUGACGCAUGCCGCGUAGUGGGAGACUGCUGAUUAAUUUCGGCUACCAGGAGAUCCUUAACGUGCCCCCACUGCACGCGACACGGGCGCACGGCAGAAAUGUGUCGUUGAUCUUCUAGGUACCGUUACGAAAAUCAUAAAGUAUGCUGCGUCGGGCAGGACGUUCUGUAUGCUGAAAAAGCUUUCGCUUUGUGAAUGCGAAAAAAGGAGGCCAUCAUUUGCAUGGGCGACGUAACUUCCUCAUCAAGUUCUCGUAUCUUCACAGCAGUGGCGACGUUUAUUAUAACGUGUCAUUUAGCAUAUCUUUUUUUUUUACUCUCGUGCUACCUGCGACUGCGGGACGCAUAUAGUAACUGUAAAAUUAAUUGGUGUAAAAGAAUAUAAACACUGCUGUAUUGGGCCAGAUUGGCAUGUUUUGCUUUUCGCAUGUAUCCCGUAUGCGCUCGACGGCGGCCGCACAAAUUGUUAUUCGCGUCAGUUGUCAAAGACUGGCAAGUCGCGAAUGCGAAGUAAAAUACGUACUACAUGCCAUGAAUAAUUUCCUUCAUAAGAAAUGUUGGCAUUUAUAGUUAUGUGUCACCAACAAGUACAUAAAAGGUACCACUAAUGCGCUACAUAGGCUUCCUGAACUAUGCAUAUGUGUUACGCGCAUGCUCUGUUGCAGCACAGGAACCCAUUACACAGAUGUUCUUGCACCGCGGUCUACUAAUUGACAACACAGCUUUCCCACCAAAGGCAGGAAACAGGUGGGCCUACAAGCAGGCCAGUAAAGUGCACUUCAAUAAAAUGAACGCCUUUUUGGAAUUCGCAUUCAUGGACAUCUAACGUAAACAUGUUUAAUUAGGCGUGGCUCACGGGACAUACUCUUUUCUGGAGGGUCAUAAAGAGACAGCUACACAGCUGGACAAAUACGAGCGGAGAUAAUAGGUGCAGGCUCACACUGGCUACAUGAUUUAUAUUAGGCGAUAUAAUUGUUUUCUUUUUUAAUAAAUUUAACAGAAAAUAUUUAAUAAAUAGCAUAUUGGCCGAUAGCGCCCACCUCUUCUGCUCGAUUACUUGAAGAGUCGGACACUAGAAAACUUCAAAAGCACUGAAACAGUGUGAACUACCAGUUAAGUGCAAAUAAAUUGUGGAGGUCAACGUCGCUUAAGUGCAUGUGGGUUAGGACUCACUGAGGACGUGCCCCCAACGCAUCGUAUGCGAGGUCUUUUCGUUCCGCCUCCAUAUAGGAAUGUGGCCACCGCGGCCACUGCACCUGCGACCUCGUGUUCAACAGCAAAACCCCAAAGCCACUAGGCCAUUGUGGUGGGCAUGGACCACCCCGUUGUCUCAGCACAUUGAACAUAAGAGUCGUCAGACUGACCAGCCUAAUAAUGCUGCUGUUGGCCGUAAUUUGCACGACAAAUCACUAUGUGCAGUUAUCUAAAUACCAAGCUGUACGAAUUACCUUAUAAAUAGUUACUUUAUAGCACUUACUUCAAUUGAGCAAUUCAAGCCUGCCGUGAAUCUACUAAGUUUAAAGCGCGAACAAAGAUAGGAUGAUAAGAAACACACACGAGCGCUUAAUUCUACGAAUGUCUCUUCUUUAAGAAUCGGGGAACUAGCAGAAAGCAGUUACGAAAUAUCUGUUCCUGAAAUUUUCCACGAAAUGCAUUAGCGCCUCGCAACGUAUAAAAGAAGACUGUUUGGUUGAGUGUAUGAAAAGUAACAUUGUAGAAUGGAAUCAUAUUGAAUAAUCUCCUGAGUGAAUAAUCUGUUAAUCAGAAGAGAAGAGCACAUUGAAGGAGACUAUGGGGGUGAAAAAAUAAAUAAA